AUGCCGCGGGACAACAUGGCCACGCUGAUCCAGCGCAUCGCCCGGCAGGCGCGGCUGACCUUCCGCCGCGGCGGGGGCGGGGGCGGGGCGCCCGAGGCGGGCUUCCCCGAGAACCUGCAGCAGCUGCAGCAGCUGCUGAGCCAGCUCCGCGCCGAGGACCUGAACAUCAGCCCGCGGCGGGCCGCGCUGCCCUCGCCCCCGCCGGCGCGGCCGCCGCACCUGCCGCCCGUCACCUACAUGCACAUCUGCGAGACGGCCGAGUUCAGCCUGGGCGUGUUCCUGCUCAAGAGCGGCACGUCCAUCCCGCUGCACGACCACCCGGGCAUGCACGGCGUGCUCAAGGUGCUCUACGGCACGCUGCGCAUCAGCUGCCUGGACCCGCUGCCGGGGGAGGGCCCGGGGGCGCCGCGGGAGGGCCCGCAGCCGCAGCCGCAUCCGCCGCCGCCGCAGCAGGCCCCCGCCGCCCCGCCCCGCUUCGAGCCCCCGCUGCGGCCCGGCCAGCGCGCCGUGGUGCGCCGGGCCCUGCUGCGCUCCCGCGCCGAGUACACGGAGGCCAGCGCGCCGUGCCUGCUCAGCCCGCACCGAGACAACCUGCACCAGAUCGACGCCGUGGACGGGCCGGCCGCCUUUCUGGACAUCCUCGCCCCGCCCUACGACCCGGACGACGGCCGAGACUGCCACUACUACCGGCUGCUGGAGGCCGCCGCGCCGGCCGGGCCCCCCGACGCCGGCCUCGGCUGCGGGCCGGCCGCGCCGCUGCCGGUGCCCCGGGAGGUGUGGCUGCUGGAGACGCCCCAGGCGGCCGACUUCUGGUGCGAGGGCGAGCCCUACCCGGGCCCCAAGGUCACGCCGUGAGCGGGGCGCCCCUGGGACCCCACCCCCCCAUCCCCUGCUUCCCGGGGCGGGGAAGGGGGAGGAGCCCCGGCGCUUCCAUCCAAAAGCCAUAAUGAAUCUUCUUCCUCCCCCCUCCCCCGAAGAAGACCCCUUUCCUGGAGUAGAAAAGUCACCCAGUAACUAGUCCACCGCCCCUUUUGUUUGUGUGUCUCCAUCCCCGGGGAUGUCAUCUCCAUCCUAACGGAGUGACCGUCUGUGUGCAUGACCCCUCCGGUUUGAAUCCUCUGGAUCCGGGUGGCUGGGAAGGGGAGAUUGGCCGUAAUUGGGCGGAGGAGACUCCUACCGCGGCAAGUGUUCAAACCAAGGUGCAAGUAAAUCAGCGGCGAAAGCAAAUUCCUUUUUUUUUUUUUCCUUCUUUUUUCAAAGAGAUGGGGGUGAAACCAAUAUACCUAACUAUGCAUGCCUAUGGACAGGAUAUUUCCUCUUUAUGGGACUUGUAGGACUAGCAGGCAGCCCCUCUUCCUUAGCCUGGACCGCCCCUGCUCGCCUGGGCUGACAGGCUGAGGAAUGGUGCAGGCUGCGCAGGGACCCCUUGGAAGACUUAGGCCUAUUUCUCCAUCGUGUGCUUGGGAAAAGACUAUAAUCCCCUCCAUCUUGAUCCUCUCUCUCUCUUUCUAAAAGACAUAUUUUGGGUAAUUCUGUAUUUCCAGAUCCAUCCGAGGACAUGGAAGAGCUGCAUUUUUUAUGCUUCCAGGCAGUUGAAUGUAAACCCCCACCCGCAAGCCUGCAGUUAAAUUCCAUAUCCCCUACUUCCAACAGUUUCCUGCCAAAGCUGAGAAAAUUAAUAUGGUGACAAAUGGUUCACUUUCCCUCCAAGACUUCGGAUCAAGCGAUCUCAUGUGCCAGUGAACUGGGGCUUCCAGCUGUGUGGCUGAUGUGUUCAGUGAUGUCGUUAUUGGCAGCAUGGUGCCAGGAGCUCUCCAAGGAGGAAUGGCUAGGAGGAGGCCUACCUCCAACUGCACCAGGCCCAAGAGAGUUUUCCCGUGGUUGCAGGUGCGGUUGAUAGGGCUGAGAGAACAGAGUAGAGGACGGUUUGUUAUCGAAGGCACUGAAGUGUUGGACCAAACCCUCCCCAGCCCCCUGUUAAUUAUUAACAGUCAAUAUCUGGGAUUAGGGAGAUUUGGGUUGGUUUACUGUGGUAUUUUUUUUUUUUUUUUACCUAGGCUACUGAGCAUCUUCACUUUGUAUACAGAUGUUUGAGACAAUUUGCUUCAGACUUAUGGAGCCCUUAUUGUUUUUCUCUUUAUACUAUUUAUAGAAUUUGCUUUUUCAUAAAAUUUUUAAUAAAAAUGAGUUGUAGAAAUAAACUCCUUAAAAUUUGCCCAGCUGUCGUACAAGCAGUCUUGAUUGACUUGCCCAUGUGGGGAUGUGUGAGUUCCAACCUUUCUAAUAAGGGAAAAUAUUUUGUAGUUGGUGAAAGAUGUUCAUCCUGCAGGAAAAUUAUGUGCCUAUACCUCCUUAUGCACACUGGGUAACAGAGGCCCCGGUGCUAGGGAUCUUUUGAUUCCUUGCUUUUGCAGAAGAAUAAAUGAAUGAAUUCCACAAGGGAUCCUUUUGAUUUUGUUUUGUAAAUGCCUGCUGAAUUUAUGACAUACCACUCUUGUGGUACUGGUAGACACACAUCCCCGUGUCUUCUUUUCCACGUGUACUAACAAAAUGUGGUUAGGGGGAGGUAGGGUUAUGUUCAGAUGUUUUUUAUUGUAGUCUGAUACCCUAGUGUGUGAUGUAAUACACCUUUAGACAAUUCGGGGCAGCUCUUUACCUAGCUCAGAAAGCUCAAAUAUUAAAUACAAUAAAUGCUAUAUAUGCAACUCAAUUUACUUACAAAAGCAUUAAUAUCAAAUGUGUUCAUUUUUUUCCCCCGAGCACAGUGAUGAAUGUAUUAUGGUAUGGUUAUGGCAUACCUACUUUUGGAAAUACAUUGUAGAAUAGAAGCAGUUAACUUCGAUAAAGUGUUACUUGUAAUUUAUGUGAAGUUUUACAUUAAUACGGCUGAUUCUAUCAAGCUGACUUUUGCUAACUCGUUCUGCAGUGGGACAAUAAUGAUGCUGAGUUCUACCUUAUUCUUCAGAAUUCCAUUCAAAAAUGAAUAAUAAGGUUCUCAGACAAGCAGCAACUUUUGGAAAAGCUUAAGGUGCUUUCCAAAAGUUUCCCUAAAAUCGCCAUUGACCAGAAAAGGAACAAUCUCCCUUGUUUGGGGUUUUCAUUGGAUUAUUCUACCAGAUGGUCGCCAUUUGCCUUGCGUUCUCUGAGCAGGAGAGGUCAGCAGUGAUGACAACAAAAGGCACCUUUUCUAGAGCUUACUAGGACUUGAGCAAGCCAUUGAGGAAGAGAAUCCCUCCCUGCUCGAAGGCUUCAGGACCAGGGAGCAAAGGGCCAAAGGAUUCAGCUGGCACCUUGAUGCACUGAACUGACUCCAGAUGCUGCUAUGUCAUGCUCCCUCCAUCACAUGGACUGUUUAACAACCAGACAGAGAGAUGACUUAAUGUGGUUUUGAGGACUACACCUACUCCUAAGAACAUAGGGUGUUUUCUUGUUUAUUAAAAUAUAAGAGACUAAUGAGCACACUGAAAUGAAUCAUUAAAUGUUUUUCUAUUUAAUACAAAAAAUGCAAUAAUUUCCUCUUACGGGUGAGAAGUAAUUCAAUAUAAAUGUUUCUGAUGCUCUUUUUUCCCCCUUGAGUAGUAACUGUUUUUAAUAAGUAUGCUUUGCAUGGAUUAAAAUGUUGCCUGUUUGCUAUUUAUUAAUGAAAGUGCCAGUAUAUUCAAGUAGCCUGCGUGUUCUCCAUAGGGUGGAUUCCUUGAACAUUACAUUAAGAGCUGUAACUUCCUUAAGUCCACCUGUUUUAUCCUUCUUUUACAUUCGUUUUCCUUAAAGCUGCCUUAGUCAUGUCGGCUUUGGAAGAAUCCAGUCCUUGCUGAUCCAUUCCCGGUGGUUCUGUGACUUGUACUAGUUCUGCUGCCCAGAGAGGAAGGCAGUAUAUGUUUAACUUAGAACCUUUUAGCCUCGGAUGUUCCACUGUGAUCAAACAUUGGAAGGGUGAUCCUACUCCACUUGAUCUAGGAACAAGAACUUGGAGUGUCCAACCAUUUCAAGAAAGAGGUGACAGACUAGAGAGACUGAUUAUUUAGAAUACACUGAGGCAUCUGGUGUCAAACACAAAAACUUUGCUAAGCCCAGCGUAGAUUCUGCUGCUUCUGAUGGGACCAUUUGGAGUUUCUGGAUUUAAGUGUUCACUGUAUCUUUUGGAAAAUAGAGGUGUAAAAUGUUCAACUUGUACAUUUCAAUUGCUUAUUAAAGAUUGCCUGGACCAAGGGUUCUUAA